GGGGAGGGGGAAGAGCGAAAGAGAGCGAGAGAGAAAAAAAACCUGUCCCACCAACAAGCGUGGAUGGACUGAUUUGUGUAGCUAUGGAAGCCGCGCUAAGCAAGCGGUAUCCGGGCCUGAGAUUAUCGGACUUGGCAGGGAAUCAACAGCAGCCUCACCAGAACAUGUCAAGCUUCCCGGGACUGGGCAGCCAGACACACACACACCCUGGGGAGAUCAGCAGCGAUCCCAGCGCGCCUCUCGCCCCAUUCGGGCCCGAGCACAUGGUUCAAGCCGGUGCUCUCAAACUCAGUCCAUCUCAGCACAUGGCUGCUCACCCCGAAGUCCAGACAGCGGCGAUGUUCGGCUCUGCACAGAACUCGGCCAGUUACCCAGCGGGUCAUUCCCAUUCAGCCUACGCGAGCGGCAGGGACUACAUUCUCAGGAGAGACCUUUCAGCAUCUGCCAUGCAUGGACUGGGCGAACAACACUCAUCACCUUCCUCUCACCAUCACCACCACCACCACGGCAUGUUUCUCUCCACAGCGGGUAGCUACGGGCACUCGGAAGUAUUCUCGGGUCUCCACGAGCAGUCUGCAGCAGGAACCCAUCCAAAUUUAAAUGGGCAGAUGCGCCUGGGGUUGCCGGGGGAGAUCUAUAGGCCGGAGCACUACCCGGCCUCUUCCCUGCACAGUUAUAACUCCAUGAACUUAAACGUUAACCUGGCAGCGGCUCAUCACGGAGCCGGGGCAUUUUUUAGGUACAUGAGGCAACCCAUCAAGCAAGAGCUGAUCUGCAAAUGGAUUGACCAAGACGACACUUCAAAGAAACCUUGCUCUAAAACUUUCAGCACGAUGCAUGAAUUGGUAAAUCAUGUCACGGUGGAACACGUCGGCGGGCCCGAGCAGAGCGUUCACAUUUGUUACUGGGAGGAAUGCCCCAGAGAAGGCAAACCGUUCAAGGCGAAAUACAAAUUGGUAAACCAUAUCAGAGUUCACACAGGCGAGAAACCUUUCCCCUGCCCGUUCCCCGGCUGCGGGAAAGUAUUUGCUCGCUCAGAAAACUUGAAGAUUCAUAAAAGGACGCAUACAGGAGAGAAGCCUUUUAAAUGCGAGUUUGAUGGCUGUGACCGGAAAUUUGCCAAUAGCAGCGACAGGAAGAAGCAUUCUCACGUUCACACCAGUGAUAAACCGUACAACUGUAAAGUAAGAGGCUGCGACAAGUCAUACACUCACCCUAGUUCUCUUCGCAAACACAUGAAAGUUCACUGCAAAUCUCCUCCCCCUCCCGCUAGCUCAGGCUACGAGCUUUCAAACACAUCCCUGGGGAUGGUGUCCCCAGCCGCAGAGACAGUCAGGGGCUGCACUGCCAGCGUUUCCUCGCAAGUAACUAACCUCAACGAAUGGUACGUCUGUCAGGGAAGCGGGGCGGCCAACAGCCUGCACGCACCUUCCAACAAUGGCACCUCGUCCGACACCGAAGAUGAGGAGGUUUACACGAACUCUGAUCCCAGAACUAUGCUCUGACAUAGGUGCGUUGGAGAAGUGGGCAAGUGGGCAAGAGUCAACGCAGGGUUAGUGGCAAUGGAGCCCAUCAACUAAAGGCAGCUAGGAUGUCCAAUGAUGACCAUCUCACACCAGCUAGAUUCAAACCUCGUAGGAAAGGAAUUUAAGGGCUAAGAAUCGGUUCUUAGGCAACUUUUUGGCCUCCGUGUCAGUCAGAAUUAUUGUGUGUACUUCGAGGUAAAAGAGAAUCGCUAUCUCAUUUACUUUCAGACUAUAGAUAUUGAUUUUCUGAAAUCAGACGUGACUUAAAUAGAUAAAACAUAUCAUCAGACCCAUUUCGGACUGGCAAUAGAAUAUUCGACCCACGAGAAACACCUCGCUUCUUGGAAGUGACACAUACAUAGCCGAUCUUUGCUUAACUCCCAAAUCAGAGACCAUUGUCCGAAAGAAGGGAAAUUCUACAAUUCUGUGAAAUCUUCAUGGCUCCAAUCCCUGGAGGGAAUCAAAACGGCCAUAGCCUUGUGUUCAGUGAAAUGACACAGUGCCACCACGUUCGGUAACGAAGCACAAGCGACAUUCUAUUUACACAUCCCUAACAUGCAAAGCUGAAUUCGGACAUUCCUGCUAUAUGUGAAAAGAGUAUUCUAUCAGUAAGAGUGAAACUCACAAGGACUCUAUUUGACCCUGAAAUCAGAAUCGACAAUAUAUCAACCCUUAAAUCCAAGAGCUCUAGGAUUCUUUUGUGUGAUCUUCUAUCCAUCAUGGUAAAGUCAAAAUUCUCAUAUUUUACUCAUAAUUAUUCAGGCCUUCAGACAAACAAACUAAAGAGCACUAAUAUGUCCUUAGAGGCCAGAAGAUGCAAAAAUGACAGGCCUGUCCCUGUAGGAUUUGUACAUAAUUGUUGUGGGCUGCAAGUCGUUGAUGUAAUCGUUAGCUAUCUUAAGAUUUUGUCCAGAAAUGCUCUUUUAUUUGUAAACUAUAAUUUAUUUGCUGAUGUGUAAUAUCUUUCUGCGAUAGUACAGACACACCAAAGAAUUAUAUUAUUACGUUUGGUGCGGUAUUGUGGUGUUUAUGAAUCUGUGGUUUCGUCAGACCAUUUAAUUUCUGCUUACUUGAAUGAAAUGUAAAAUGUGAAAAGUAAAAUAUGUGAUUGUUUCUUUCUACUCAGUGGUGGUUAAUUGUUGUAACUACAGUAUCGGUCCAUGUUAUGAUCAUGAUGCAUGUUGCAGUCAUUUUAUAUUUCCCUUGCAUUGACAAACGCCACCCAGAAAUCCUGAUUGAAAAAAAAUGCAACGAAGACAUAUCAGUUCCUUUAUUGAAAUGAAUGGUCCACGUGUACUUUGUGUUUCAGUGAAAGAGGUUAAACCGUGUGACAGUGUAUUUUCCAAUCGUGAAUAAAGAGAUAUUGUUUUUCCUCUGUUUUAAUAAUCGUAUUCUAUAUUAAAUGUCUAAAUCCUAA